AUGCCUGCUCCUCCUCCACCGCCGCCGCCGCCACCUCCUCCUCCUCCAGGUUCGGGUUUCGGAGGCCCUCCUCCGCCGCCACCGCUUCCUGGAAACUCCCUCCCAGCAGCACCUCCAAAGUCGGUUGCGAAAGGCCGAGAUGCUUUGCUGUCAGACAUUACGAAGGGGGCGAGGCUGAAAAAGGCUGUUACCAACGACCGUUCAGCGCCCAUUAUAAGUUCAAAGGCUGGGGGCGGAGGUGGACCUAUAGCCGGCGCACCGCCAGUCCCAGGAGUGAGAGCACCGAGCGGUCUUGCGCCUCCAGUUCCCAGCGGGAGCCGAGCUCGAAGUAACAGUGAUACUGGGGGAGAUGCCACGGCCAGCCUUGGGGGUGCUCCCCAAUUGGGAGGGCUGUUCGCCGGAGGUAUGCCGAAACUGAAGAAGAGAAGAGGAGGAAUAGACACUGGUGCCAAUCUGGACGGCGCUCACUCGGACUCGGAAACGAGCCAUCCAUCCAUUCCUCAACCGCCGGCGGGGGCUGCUCCCCGUCCGCCUUCAAUGCCUGCUCCUCCGAUCCCAGGAAUCAGGCCUCCUCUUCCACAGUCAACAGAUUCCGCACCGGCUGUGCCGAGUCCGCUGGCUCAUCUCAAGAAAGCACCUCCGAAACCGCUGUCAAAACCAUCAUCUUUUGUGAACCUGGCAAUCGGAAAGCCUCCACCUCCUCCUCCAGCAUCACGGAAAGUGAGCACUUCUGGACCACCUCCCGCUCCACCGCCACCUCCUCCUUUAUCUUCGAGUCCAGCUCCUCCAGCACCGCCUCCACCGCUACCGCCUUCAAUCAGUCCAGCUCCUCCAGCUCCUCCUCCCCCUCCACCGCCAACAGCAAGCCCGGCUCCUCCGGCUCCUCCUCCACCACCACCGCCGCCGCCUACAGCAAGUCCAGCUCCUCCGGCGCCUCCCCCCCCUCCUCCGCCAACAGUGAGCCCUGCUCCUCCCGCACCGCCGCCACCACCACCACCUAUAGCAAGCCCUGCUCCUCCUGCACCACCGCCGCCUCCGCCUCCAAGCAGCACGGCCACUUCACUACCCCCUCCGCCGCAAUUGCCAAUCUUCACGGCUCCGGAACCAUCUCCAAGGUCGACCCCGCCGCCACCCCCUGGACCGCCGCCGCCGCCGAGCUCGCCUCCGACAACAAAUGGUGCUGGUUCCUCUUUUGCAAUGAAAGCUGCAGCUGCAGCCUUCGGCAGGCAGCCCUCUUACGGGGCGGUAGAAGCUCCACCAUCGCCUUCAUCCCCAGUUUCACCUCCCUCUUCUCGACGAAUAUCACAGCCCCCCUCGAGGUCGACGCUGGACGCAAGCUCCUAUACACUGACCAAUGGGAGUUCAAAUAGCUCUACAGGACGACUGGGGCCACUCAAGAUUGAGGACAACCGAUGGAAAUUCCAAGACGAAUCGCAACUCCCACCACCUCGGCAAUUUACAGGUGUACCAAAACGAUACCGAGCUGGAAGAGGGAGUAGUGUUCCGCUUGAUCUUGGGGCCUUGGAAUGA